AUGAGGAACUCCGACGAGGAAACGACCCAAUUCGAAACCUUCAGAGACUGCCUCUCCGCGGCCGUCGUCGAAAGAGUGACAAAACCAACCUCCAAGCCCAAAAAACGAACAAAAAAGACAAAAGCAACUACCCCCAAAACAAAGCCCCAAAAUGAGCCGCCGGAAGACACCCCGGUAGACGCCGAGGACAUGAUGGAUUUCACAUCCUACCUCGCCUCCGAGACCUUCGACUCCUUCCCGGACGACCUCAAAACCCUCUCCCACGCGACCUACACCGCGGACCCCGCCCUGCAGUCCCGCCUCGCCCUGCCCCUCACCGGCGCCGACGUCGCCGACCUGCUCCCCACCCUCUCCCCGGCCGUCGCGGACUCCCUGGUCGCCUACUCCAUCGUCGACCCGGAGCGGCAGGGCGCGCACGAGUUCCUCGCGCCGGUGCUGACGGAGCUGGUGGCCGCGUUGACGGCGCCGCCGCCGCCGCCGCGCUCGACGAGGGAGAGCGUCGAGGGGUGCGAGCUGUGCGGGCGGGACUGGAUCGGGCUGACGUAUCACCACCUCAUCCCGCGCAUGGUGCACGAUAAGGUGGUGAAGAGGGGGUGGCACCGGGAGGACGAGCUGAAUAGUGUGGCGUGGCUGUGUCGGCUUUGUCACUCGUUCGUGCACCGGUUUGCGGGACAUGAGGAGCUGGCGAGGUUUUAUUACACGGUUGAGUUGUUGCUGGAGCAGGACGAGGUUGUGAGGUUUGCGCAGUAUGCGAGUAGGGUGAGGUGGAAGGGGAGGUGA